AUGCUAAUGCUUCAUUUCCAUGUCUUUUGUGUCCUCUCUUUAUUUUCUACCCACAGACCGGAGGUAAGACGUCUAAUAAUUUAUCAUACCCGUAUUAUCAUCGGGCAACUGAAAUGUCACACUAAGAAAAAAAUAUUCUUUUUGCAGAGAAAAUCUAAAAUCUCAGCCUCUCGCAAGCUCAUGUUAAAGAGCUUGAUGGUCGCCAUGGCCAAGGAGGAGCUGGAGCAGGAGCUGGAAGAAAAAGAGGAACAGAAGACCAAGUACCUGGAAGAAAAAUCUCCUCCUAUACAGACCAGUGGCAUGUCCUUGGUAGAGCUAAAGACGUUAUGUGAAGAGCUGCAUGCCAAAAUAGACGUGGUGGACGAGGAGCGGUACGAUAUUGAAGCCAAAGUCUUGCACAACAACAGAGAGAUCAAAGACCUGAACAUCAAGGUACUGGAUCUGCGAGGGAAGUUCAAGAGACCCAACCUGAGAAGGGUGAGGGUCUCUGCUGAUGCCAUCCUGCGAUCACUGCUGGGCUCCAAACACAAGGUCUCUUUGGAUCUGCGAGCAAAUCUUAAAUCAGUCAAGAAGGAGGACACAGAAAAGGAGAAGACGGUGGAGGUGAGUGACUGGAGGAAGAAUGUGGAAGCCAUGUCGGGCAUGGAGGGCCGCAAGAAGAUGUUUGAUGCAGCAGCGGGCCCCAACCAGUAAA